UAAUUUUGAAAAUUGGGCAAAAAAAGUAUUUCAUUUUUGAAUGAUGAAAUUUGAAGACUUGUUGAUGCAGCCAAGUGAUGAGAAACAGAAAAAAAUACUUCUUGAAGAAGAGGUUGAGGAAUUGCGAGAAGAAUUAGAUGGGCAACUUCAACUGAAAACAGUUUUGCAAUAUGCAUUACAAAGACCAAAUGUUGGUUCUUUUCCUUGCCUAUCCACCCUCCCUCGCCGGGUUCAACAUCUACUAGAAGAAAUGGUUACCACGGAAGAAGAGAUAGCUUGGUUAGAGAGAAAAGUCGACGUGCUAAAGCUAAAGUUGUACAGAGAGAAAGAGUUAGCCGAAAAAUGGGAAAUGUUGCAACUUAAACAAGUGCAACAUCAACGAUUGAUUUCAAAGCAAUUACCGCCUCCUCGCCCAGUAGUACACAAAGAUGUUGAACCCCCUGUGGCCUCGAGAUCAAGUAACUAUCAACAACUAAGAAAACAAUAUCGAAUUCGAAAAGAAAGAAGAGCCACUGUUGGUUCCUCCAUAGACUUCCACACUCCAAUUGAUCUCACCGAGGAAAUAGUUGAGAGUAGUUCCAGAGGUUCAAGAAGCUGGCGCAGACACCACAGUCAAUCUGCAGAUAUAGAAAUGGAAACUGAAACGCCAAAUAAGUUAUCGGAAGAAGUACUCAAAUGUUUAAUAAGUAUAUACCUUAAGUUAAACAAGGCAUCAUUAGAGAGUAAAGGGUCAUCUACUUCUAUGGUAAAACAAUCUCUAAUUUCCUCCAAGAAAGCCAAAAGCAGCUUCAUAUGUAGCAAAACUUGUUCAUCAGCUGCUGUUGAUGCUCCAACGUUCGCGUUCAACGAUUACGCGUCUAAUCUUGAUCCUUAUGGGAUCUUGUUAGACACUGAUGGAAGCCAUGGAGAGAUUGGAUCAUACAAGAAUUUCAUCCAAGUCUCAAGAACUUCUCUUAAUACAAGCCAUAUAUCUGAAUGUCUUCCUCAAAUGGGAAAGUUGAGGAGUAUGGUGCAAAAAUUUAGCAAUGUGGACAUAACUUGCUUGACAAACAAGCAGAAGUUGGCAUUUUGGAUCAAUAUCUAUAAUAUCUGCAUAAUGAAUGCAUUUCUACAACACGGUUUGCCUUCUACGGAGGAGGAACAAUUGUCUCUCGUGAAUAAGGCUGCGAUAAAUGUUGGUGGUAUUGUACUUAAUGCAUUAGCCAUCGAACAUUUCAUCCUUAGGCAUCCAAGGGACGCUGAGCAUGGAUUGAAAGAUGAUAACGAAAGAUUUUUGAGGAAUGCUUAUGGUCUUGAGUAUCCAGAACCUAAUGUCACGUUUUCACUAUGUCGAGGAAGUUGGUCUUCACCUGCACUAAGAAUCUACAGACCGGAUGAAAUCGCGAACGAGCUGGAAAGAGCAAAAAUGGAGUAUUUGGAAGCUUCAGUAGGAGUAACAAGUAAGAAGAAGAUAAUGGUUCCCAAACUAAUGCAAUGGCACAUGAAAGACUUUGCAGAUGAUAUGGAGUCACUAAUUGAAUGGAUGUAUAGUCAAUUACCAAGCUCGUGCUCUUUGAAAAAGUCGAUGAUGGAUUGCCUUGACGCAGGGGAAAAGAAAUCUCUAUCGCUUGCUAAGAUGAUAGAGGUUCAACCUUACGCCUCAGAAUUUCGAUACUUGCUCCCCUUAUGA